AUGGGCAGAAUCGAACUAGUCACGCAGCCUUCGAAAGAGAACCUCAACGAGGAAGCACUCAGGGAGGCUACUUUGAACAAGCUACAUAAGUUGGUGAAUGAGAAUAUAGAUGACGACGACAACGAAGGCACCAAGAAAGAGAAGGAAGGCCAAGUUCACGGCCGCAAGUCCGAAUCUCCCGUUUCCUCUCCCUCACGAACUCCAUCGCCUGAACUCGACUACGACGGUUUCGAGGUUCCUUCUGGAAAGAUCCCCAUUGACGGCAACUUCUCCACCAGUGAGGUCAGGGAGCUCAUAGAAUUGGCCAGAGAAGACGGCGUUUUGGGCGCAGACAUUGACGUUAAAGUUUUGGAGCGCAAUGCUUUGGGCAACAGGGUCGUGGUGAGUGAGAAGGAGCAGCAGGAGAGAGAGAGGAAGGAGAAGGAGGCCAAGGAGGGUACCCAGACUUCUAAGUCUCAGGAGGAGUCUAAGAAUGACGAGUCCAAUAAAGAACCCAACGACGAGUCCAAGGAGGAGUCUAAGAAGGCCGAUUCCAGUGAAGAGAAGCCCAAGGAGCAGACAGAACAGGAGAGCUGA